ACCAUUACAAACCCCAAGGCCACUACUUCCGCCACCACAUCUAUUUAUUGUAUAAUCAACUACUACAGCCCGCGAUAGUUACAGCGCACCACUUGCCCGGUUCGCUCGUGGAACGUCGCUUUCGUCCGCUCCGCUUCUAUUCGAUUGCCGUCGGUUCAUCGCCCGCCGUUGCUCAGUCGUCACUCGUCAUUCCUGCAGAGUGCAGGUACAACGGUGGUUGUUCGGUGAGCCGUUACCCUUACCAUGUCUCUGGAACGACUGGAACCUAUAGAAAUCAUCAAUAUCGACGUACUGGGGCCAUAUAAAUACCCCAAACUUGUGCACGACGGGUACAUGUAUCAUUUCCAUAAAAAAUGUUCCCAUCACCUCCGAUGGAAAUGCAACCGUGUUUUUUCGAUGAAAUGUCCGGCGGUGCUCAAAACGAACUUGGAUAUGUUAAAUCUAAAGUACAUCACCGUCGAUCACGAACAUGUUCACGGGAACGACAUAGACUUUAUAGAAGCAAUAAAAGUCAAAUUAGACGUACACCGUAAUUCGACAUAUUACAAGAGAAGUACCUGUUAUAAACGAAAUGAUAUGGACCGCUCUGGUUAUAAAUCAAAUGGUGUGGACAGCUUUGGUAAAGAAAUGUAUUUUCCUGAAAAUGUUUUAAAUAAUAAAAUAGCCAGAUUUUGUGCUACUAAAAAUCAAAUAUUUUUUAUUGAUCCAUUGGAUCUUGAUACAAAAAAUGGAAACACAAAAAAAUGUGAAGAAAUAAUCAAAAAUAAUAACUCGAAAGAUACAAGUAUCAAUUUUGAAAAUUUUCCAUGCGAUUCAUUAAAACCAAAAGAAAACCAAAACCAAAUACAAUUUAAAAACUCAAAAAAUGGCAUGAUAGAAGAUCAAACAAAUAAUUCUUCUUUCAAUGAAGAGCUCAAAGAAUGUGAACCAAUUUAUAAUACAAGAUCAAAAAAAAAACUAAAUGAUAUACAAAACAAUGCAAGUACUUUAUUUACAAGUACACAAGAGGAAAAAAAUAUUUUGACUUCUAACACAUAUAAAGAAACAAAUAAUUUAACUACUAAUACUCGAAAAAUCAAAAAUACAAAAAAAAAAUCAAAUGAUUGCGAAAAAAUAGUUUCUCCAAAAGUUAAACUAAAAAACCACACUUCAAAAUUUACAAAUAAAAAUUUACCUACAGUUACAGAUACGCCUAUGAUUAUAAGUACACCUACUAUUUUAACAACAACAAUUAAUAAUUUACCUAUAACUAAAAAUAGAUUUACAACAACAAAUGCAUCUACAAUUAUAAAUACACCUACAAUUAUAAGCACGCUUAUAGAUAAAUCUAUUGUUACAAGUACACCUACAAUUUCAACAUCUGAAACUAUAAGUACAUCUUUAAUUUUACCAGAGGAAAUUAUUUGUACACCUACUAUUACAUGUAUACCUAGAAUUAUAGAUACACCUACUUUUACAAGUACACCUAUAAUUUUACCAGAUAAAAUAACAAGUACAUCUACAAUUUUACCAGAUAAAAUUAUAAGUAUAUCUACAAUAACAAGUACACCCACAAUUAUAAGUACAUCCACAAUUACAAAUACACCUACAAUUUUACCAGAGGAAAUUAUUUGUACACCUACAAUUUUACCUGAUGAAAUUUUAAGUACAUCUACAAUUACAAGUACACCUAUAAUUAUAGAUACACCUACUAUUACAAGUGCAUCUAUAAUUUUAACACCUAAAACUAUAAGUACACCUAAAAAUUUUACACAUGAAGUUAUAAAUACUACUACUGUUACAAGUACAUCUGCAAUUAUAAGUACACCUACUUUUAAAAGUACAUAUACAGUUGUAGGUACAACUACAAUUGAAAAUUCUCCUGCAAUUUUAAGUACAUCUACAAUUUUAACAUCUACAAUUAAAAGUACACCUAUAGUUACAAGUGUACCUUCAGUUAAUAUUACACAUACAACUAAAAGACGUGUGAACAAGAGUAUUGAUAAUGAAGAUGAUGUAAUUAUUAUUAACAGUAGUGAUGAUGACAAUGAUGAUGAUGAUGAUGGUUUUAUUUCUGAUUUUAAUGAAAUUGUUCGUCGUAAUGACAAACUUAAUAAUGAAAUAAACAAUGUUAAAUUAAUGGGUGAUGAUAUUAAUGUACUUAUGUAUUGUAAAAAAAAUUGGCCUUCAGUUUUAGAUAAAUUGUCUGAUCCUUUGACAGGAAUUAAGGUAUUUGAAGGUAUUUUAUUUAACAAAUUUUUAAUUCAAAUGAUGGAAAGAAAUCAUAGAACUAAAAGGAAAAUUCAGGUAUUAAAAUAUUAUAGCAAUCGAUGGAAAUUAAAGUUUAACCGUUUGGCACUUAAAAUAAAUACAUUAUUAAAUAGUACAAGAAGAGAUAAUAAUAGAAGACUUAUCGAUAUUCAAAAUAGAAAUAAAAAGAAUACAACAUUAUGUACAAAUAUUGGAGUCAAAAUUACACCAGAAAACUUGAAAACUUCAAAAUUAUGCCAAAAAUCUUUAAAUAGUAAAAACAAAUACCUAUUUAAAUCUGGUUCAGAUAUCAUGACAAGUAAAUCUGAAGGAAUAAGUAAAAAAUUAUUUUCUACAUUAGAAAUAGUUGAUUUGAUUAAAGAAAUUCCAGGAGAUACAACUAUUUCAAGAAUAAGCUCUAAACCAUUUAAUUCUAAAGAAAACUAUUUAACACAAUUUAACUAUAGUAUUGAGAUUAGUCAACCUAAAAUAACUGAGUCAAUUAAAAAUGGUAUUUCAGCGUCCAACACUAUAAUAACUUCACUACUAAGCCCGACAUCGUUAAAAAGAAAAAUAUCUAAUUUGAUUCGAAAUAACACAAGUAUUGAGUUAACUAAAUCUAAAGUUAAAAAAUGUAAUAAAUCUUCUUCUCUGGAAUCCAUUGAUUUAACUAUGGAUAGUUCACCAGAUAUGAUGGCUUCAAGACUAGGCCCAGAAUUAUUAAAUAGUCAAAUUACAAAUUCUACUCAAUAUAACACAGCUACUGAGAUGACUGAAUCCAGUAUAACUGAGUGUCAUGAACCUUCUACAUCAGCAUUAAUUGAUUUAACUGAAACAGAUCCACCAGUUAUAACAAAUUCAAGAUUAAGCAAUGAAAAAUAUAUUUUCACUAAAUAUAACAAAGGUCCGUACGUAAUUCCUUCUUUUCCAAUAUCCAGUGAUAUAAGUAGUAAUAUUCCAACUUGUUCAAGUUCAUCUAUGAAUGCAGUUACUUCGUUGAAUAAUGAUUUAGUAUUAAAUAAUGCAGAUAAUCCUGCUUCGAACACGGAUGAUUCAUCAAAGAUAGAGCUACUUGUACUUGGGAAAAAUAAUCGAAUGUAUUUUGUUAAUUCAAAAGUAAUGAAUUCCCAUGAUUAUUUGAGGCCUAGGACAUUGAAAACUAUUUUUAAAACAGGUUUAAACAAACCAAUAAUGAAAAGAUCUGUUAUUCUUCCAUUCGCAUUAAGAAAACAAGUAAAAACAAAUUCUAAUACAUCUACACAAUUGGAUAAAAGAAAUAAAUUAGACACAUCCGUCAUCCCUGUUCAAACGAAAACACCAUUGCCUGAUGUUAUUUGUGAAAGCACUCAAAUAAUAAAUGGAAUUAACAGUAAGAACACUAUUCAAUCAUAUUAUUCUCAUAAUCAAUCUCAAUCAUCAAACCAGAUCAAAUCUGUUCCUAAAGCUAUUCCACUUCUACCUUCAAAGGUAGUUAAUGAUUUUUCAAACGAGGUUUAAAUUAUUUGUAUUUAAAAUAUUAGGUAAAAUAAAAAUUGAGUAAAUAC